AAGAGGAAGUGGUCUUAUUAAUUUUAAAAAAGAAGAAAUCUAGGAAGAAGUAAAGUAGUUUAUGAUAAUAAUAGUUAGCGUUAAUGGCACAAGCUACAAGCUGGAUGAUGAUGAGUAUGCCCCACUCCCUCCACCUUCACACUCUCUUUAAAUGCUUGCCCAAACGCCCCAUGCAUUUGCACCCCUUCUCUCUCUCUCUCUGCGGGUGGGUAACAUGGUGCCACGCCGAGCAGCCAUGAGAAGAAGUUGCCUGCUGACGCUCCUCCUGUCCUUGGCUCUACUGGCCUCCGCGGCUCAUGCGCAAGGCAACGGCAAUGGCGACAAUGGCAAUGGCAACAAUGGAGACACUGGGAAUAAUGGGAAGCCUACAAAGCCGAACCCAAAGGACCCUGCUCAAAACUACAUGGAGAUACCUCCUAACUCCAGCGGCCAAGAGGGUGGAGUUUGCAGGGCUCAGGGGCGGUGCUUCAGGAGGACCCUCACCUGCCCAGCACAGUGCAGCAAGAGGAAACCCAGGAUGGCAAAGAAGGUAAAGGGCUGCUUCAUCGACUGCAGCAAGUGCGAGACCACCUGCAAAUUUAGGAAGCCCAACUGCGAGGGGUAUGGUGCAAUUUGCUAUGACCCACGCUUCAUUGGUGGAGAUGGGGUGAUGUUUUACUUUCAUGGGGGCAAGGGGGAAAACUUUGCCCUCGUCUCUGACUCCCAACUCCAAAUCAAUGCCCACUUCAUCGGCAGCAGGCCUCAGGGGAGGACCCGCGAUUUCACAUGGAUCCAGGCCCUGGCCGUCCUCUUCCAGGACCAUACCUUUGUCCUCCGUGCCAAGCCUGUUGCGACCUCCGCAUGGAAUGACUCCGUCGACGCUCUGGUCAUGGAGUGGGACGGAGCUGUGGUGAGCAUCACCGAUGGUGAAGAUUGGGUUUCAGCAGAUGGAGAGGUGACGGCCGAAAGGACAGCAGAGGCAAAUGCUGUGAGGGUGGCAGUUGGCAGGAUGGUCGAGAUGGACGUGAGGGUCGCACCAAUAGGAGAGGAGGAGAGGAGGGUCCACAACUACAGGUUGCCAGAGGACAACGCCUUUGCGCACCUUGAGAUGCAGUUCAGGUUCAAGAACCUGACCGACGGGGUGGAGGGUGUGCUGGGCCAGACUUACCGGCCUGGGUACACAAGUCCGGUGAAGAGAGGGGUGGCAAUGCCAAUGAUGGGUGGGGAGGACAGAUACCGAACCCCCUCCCUCCUCUCCCCACAAUGCACUUCCUGCCGGUUCAACCCCCCGGCUUCCACCUCCUCCAUUUGAUUUCAUUUCAUUUCAUUCCAUCCUCUCGUUCUUCUUCAUCCUUCUUCCUAUUUGGCUGCAUAAGCUCAUGCCCAAGGUGGGCUUUCUCUUCUGUGAUUCCUUGUAGUUCUCACUCACAUUCUUCCUUAGAAUAAAGGCAGGUUAGAUUGCUUACUUCCCCUAGGCAAUACAUAUACAUAUCUGCCCAUGUAUUACCACUACGUAUUCUCAUCAAUUGAAUGGCAAGGUGUUCCUUAACUGUUACAAUUUAGAUAGGAUUUGAAUCUACAACCUUCUUUAACUGUUACAAAUUAGAUAGGAUUGGAAUCUACAAUAUGCUAGAAGUA